GAGUAUGGAAAUAGACAACCACACUUGUUUAAAAAACAAAUCAUAUCUAUUUUUAAAAAAAUUAAAAUUUGAGUAUGAUCUAUUAUUUGUUAUAUGUGUGUUUGAUUCUAAGAUGGCAAAAAAUGAUUUUGAAUUAAUUGAUUCUGUAAAAUUCAUUUUACUAAGAAUUGAGUUUGUAGGUAAAGUUAUUUAUGUUUGAAUAUAUUAAUAUAAAAAAUGAGUUUUUUUUUUUUUGAACGUAUAAAAAAUGAGUUGAAUAAUAGAUUUCAGUGUAAAUAUCACGUUUAGACACGAGAAAAAUUUAAUAUCCACUCGGGUUUUAAAAACAGCAACAUCUAAAACAAACUUGAAAACAUUAAGAUGGCUACUUCUAACAAAAACAUGUUGCUAAAUUACGUUCCAGUUUAUGUCAUGCUCCCACUUGGAGUUAUUAAUGUUAACAAUGUCUUUGAAGAUCCAGAUGGACUUAAGGAACAACUGGUGCAGCUACGAGCAGCAGGCGUCGACGGUGUCAUGGUUGAUGUCUGGUGGGGGAUCAUUGAACAGAAAGGACCUAAGGAGUAUGAUUGGAGUGCUUAUAAGAGCUUGUUUCAGGUUGUUCAAGAAUGUGGUUUGAAACUACAAGCUAUAAUGUCAUUUCAUCAAUGUGGUGGAAAUGUAGGGGAUGUUGUUAACAUCCCAAUUCCACAGUGGGUUCUUGACAUUGGAGAAUCGGAUCCGGAUAUCUUCUACACAAACCGUUCCGGAACUAGGGACAAGGAAUAUCUGAGUGUUGGUGUUGAUAACAAACCUAUCUUUCAUGGAAGAACAGCCAUUGAGAUAUACAGUGAUUACAUGAAGAGUUUCAGAGAAAACAUGUCAGAAUUUUUGAAGUCAGAGCUAAUUAUAGACAUUGAAGUUGGCCUUGGCCCAGCAGGAGAACUCCGAUACCCGUCUUAUCCACAAAAUCAAGGAUGGGUAUUUCCUGGAAUCGGAGAGUUUCAGUGCUAUGACAAAUAUUUGAAGGAAGAUUUCAAAGCGGCUGCAGCGAGGGCUGGCCAUCCUGAAUGGGAACUACCGGAUGACGCUGGCACGUACAAUGACGUACCAGAAUCUACUGAAUUCUUCAAAACAAAUGGAACAUACCUCACUGAGAAAGGGAAAUUCUUCUUAACUUGGUAUUCUAACCAAUUGCUGAAUCACGGUGAUCAAAUCCUUGAUGAAGCCAAUAAAGCUUUCCUGGGCUGUAAAGUCAAAUUAGCAAUCAAAGUAUCUGGAAUUCACUGGUGGUACAAAGUUCCGAAUCAUGCUGCUGAACUUACUGCUGGAUAUUACAACCUUGAUGAUAGAGAUGGAUACCGUCCCAUUGCAAAAGUGGUGUCUCGUCAUCAUGGCAUUUUGAACUUUACAUGUCUUGAGAUGAGGAACUCAGAACAAAGCUCAGAUGCACAAAGUGCACCGCAGGAACUUGUUCAGCAGGUAUUGAGUGGAGGUUGGAGAGAAAACAUUGAAGUUGCUGGAGAAAAUGCACUUUCAAGGUAUGAUGCCACAGCUUAUAACCAAAUCAUACUGAAUGCAAGACCACAAGGUGUCAACAAAGACGGACCUCCAAAACUUCGGAUGUAUGGAGUAACAUACCUUCGUCUAUCAGAUGAACUAUUGGAGGAAACAAAUUUUGAUAUAUUCAAAAAAUUUGUGGUAAAGAUGCAUGCAGAUCAGAGUCACAGUGAUGAUCCUCAAGAGUACAAUCAUGCCAUACCACCAUUAAAGCGAUCAGGACCAAAUAUUCCUGUUGAUGAUCUUCUUGAAGCAACUAAGCCAAUACCGCCGUUCCCGUGGGAUUCAGAAACAGAUAUGAAGGUUGAUGGUUGAUAUGGGAAGAAUGGUUAAAAUAUCAGCUGAAAGUAAUAUCCACUUCUCAGGAUUUGAAUAAAGCACCUACCUACAUGUGCAAUGCAACUAAUAUUCGAAUAAUGAUGUAUAUGUCUAAACUAUAGACAUAUCUACUGGUUUGUACUUUCAUAUGUGUGUUUUCCUAUGUGCGAGUUUAAUAAACUAUGUUAUUGAGGCACA